GAAUUGCUUGCUGCCUUUGAACAAGAAGCUGCUGCUACCAGAAAACCACGACUGCUGCUCACAGCUGCAGUGGCUGCUGGGAAGGGAAACAUUGACAAUGGAUAUGAGAUUCCCAAAGUAUCAAGGUUACUAGACUUUCUAAAUGUCAUGACUUAUGACUUCCACAGAGCAUGGGACCUGAUCACUGGUCACAACAGUCCUUUGUACCACAGUUCUUUCGAUACGGGUGAAAACAUCUACUACAACGUGGACUUUGCUAUGAAAUACUGGAGAGACCAAGGAGCACCUCUUGAAAAGCUCAUGAUUGGUUUUGCCACGUACGGACGCACAUUUCGCCUAUCAACAGCAAAUAACAGUGUUGGAGCAUCAGCCAGUGGGGCAGCCUCUGCUGGGCCCUUCACCCGUGAAGCUGGGUUUUGGUCCUACUACGAGAUCUGCACUUUCCUCCCAGCAAGCAGUGUCCACUGGAUUGAUGAGCAAAAGGUGCCCUAUGCCACUAAAGGAAACGAGUGGGUUGGGUUUGAUAACUGGCAGAGCUUUGAAAUCAAG